AUGCCUUCGCAACGCCCGUAUUUCCUCUCCUCCUUCAUCGCCGCCUUUCGCCAGCAAGCCCCUCCCACAAACCCGAACCAAAGCGGCAAGCAGCACAAUGCCAGCAGCACAUCCUCGCAGGCGCAGCAGCAGCAAGCGCCUCAACAAACGGCGUCGCCAUCUACAUCACCACCCGGCCCGACGGCGAGCGCCAUCGCCGCCGCCGCAAGUCAGCACCACCACCACCGCCAUGGCGUGACGCUGCACUCGCCGCCCAACAGCACCAGCAGCGGCGCCGUCGGCAUCCCCAUCCCUAGCGGAGGCGGGCGCCGCCGCGGGAGCGACUCGAGCAGCGAGGGCUUCCGGGACGCCAUCGGCGCGGACAAGUGGUAUAUCGGUGGCCGUACGGCGACGGGCGAGGAAAAGUUCUUCAAGCUCGGCGUGGUGAGAAGGGUGCGCAGCAACGACGGGAUGAGCCUGGAUCGGCUGAGUCUAUAA